GGACCUUCUCUCCUUGUGGGUCAGGAAGAUGAUGGGCUUUCUGCGCCGGACGUUCAGCCGCCGCUCCCGGAGCCGCUUCCAGACCAGAGAGAGGGACGAACGGGACGGGAAAGGAGGAGGAGGAGGAGGGGGUGGAGGAGGUGGGGGUGGAGGGGUGACCGGGAACCCCCUGCUCCUGGCUCACCAGCAGCAGGUCGUCCACGCUCCGGCCGUGGUGACAGCGGGCGCGUCGGUCCACAUCCCGGCUGCGGGGACGGCCAGGACCACCAUCACCUGUCGCGUCCUCCUUCUGGACGGAUCCGAUGUCAAUGUGGAUUUGCCUAGUAAGUGCAAAGGCCAGGACCUCUUUGACCAAAUCAUGUACCACAUUGAUCUGGUGGAGACAGACUACUUUGGUUUGCAGUACAUGGACACAGACCAGGUUUCACACUGGCUGGAUAUGUCCAAGCUAAUAAAAAAACAGAUCCGAGAUGGUCCACCUUACAGACUGUUCUUCAGAGUCAAAUUUUACUCUUCAGAGCCAAAUAACCUGCGUGAGGAGUUUACAAGGUAUCUGUUUGUGUUGCAGCUUCGACAAGACAUCCUGUCUGGCAAAUUAAAAUGUCCAUAUGAUGUCUCAGUAGAGCUGGGGGCAUAUUGUUUACAGAGUGAGCUUGGAGACUGCGACCCCUUGGAGCACUCCCCAGUGCUGGUGUCAGAGUUUCGUUUCACUCCCAAACAAAGCGAGGCCAUGGAGGCGGAUAUCUUUAGCAGGUGGUUGGAGCUCAGGGGAAAGAGUCCAUCUCAAGCAGAGAUCUCGUUCCUCAACAAAUGCAAGUGGUUGGAGCUUUAUGGAGUAGAUAUGCACUUUGUCAAGGGCAGAGAUGGAGGAGAAUAUGCACUGGGUCUCACUCCGACUGGCAUCCUGGUAUUUGAGGGUGCCAACAAAAUUGGUCUCUUUUUUUGGCCCAAGAUCACUCGACUGGACUUCAAAAAGAGUCGACUCACAUUGGUCGUGGUGGAGGAUGAUGAUCAGGGCCGAGAGCAGGAACAUACGUUUAUGUUCCAGUUGGCCAGCGCCAAAAGUUGUAAACACCUGUGGAAGUGUGCUGUGGAGAGCCACGCCUUCUUCCGGCUACGCCAACCGACCACGGGAAAGACCAACCGCAGUGACUUCACACGACUCGGGUCCCGCUUCAGGUUCAGUGGUAAAACAGAGUAUCAGGCGACUCAUGGAGGCAGACUGAGGAGAGCCAGCACUUUUGAGAGGAGACCAAGCAAACGAUACCCCUCCCGCAGUCAGUCACUGGGCAAAGUGGCCAUUUCUCCUGCCAAGCCACCUCAUAUCAGCUCUCAUGCCAGCCCUGAUCCCAGCCUACAUCCAUACCAGCACAACAUUCCCAUUGGUCACGAGCCAUGGCACCCGCCCCACCCUGCGCUCACGCCUCCAGUUUACCUGCAGCCCUCCAGACACACGGCGCCACAUAGUUUCCCCCUGAGCGGUCCUACCUCAGACCAUCAAUUCAGCAUAGAAGAGAAUGAGACGUCAUAUUCUGGAAAGGUCCACCGCCAUCACCGCCGCCACACACACAGCCAGGACACACUCUGCCACACACACAACAAGAACAAGCGUCGAGCUCCUCCCUGCCCGGCAGAUGAGUUGGACAUCUCUCAGUCUCUGCUCAAAGCCCUGGAGUCGGACAGUGAUUCUCCACCCUGGCCGUCGCUGCAUGUCAACAUGGACAACAAGGGAGAGGAGAAGCAGCUGUCUGAAAAGUCUCUGCACCCUCCGGCCUCCCCUGCCAUGCUGCCUGACCACCUCAAAUGUAACAUCCUCAAGGCCCAGAUGGAGGCGGCGUUCAGGAAGGAAACCCCAACAACACCUCGAAUAAAGAACUCAAAUGAGACCCUCAGUGACAGGUAUCAGAGUUCGUCCCAAGACUCGGCUGCAUCAAGUCUAACUGCAGAAAAGACGCCACACCGACAAGAUCGCAACUCCACAGCAGAGAGUCUGCAACCCAAGGCUAAUCUGAGCACGAACCGCAGAAAACGACUGGUCAGACAGUUCAGCUUUAAUCAUGAAGAUGAAGAUAAUCUCCCAGAGGCUCUUGCAGCAAUCUCCUCCCAGAGCACAGGAAAGUCAGGCUCCAACAGCUCAUUGGACAAACAAGUACAGCCAUCCAUAUACCCACAGGUGGAAAACAUGCCAACACUGGAAGUGGGUAGCCCAUGCUGUCCCUCUCCUUUGCCUUCUCCCCACCUCUCCCCUUCGUACUACCAUAGCUCCAUUCCUCACCUGGUCCCUUACCUCGCUACACAUAACGACAGCGGAGAGGAAACUAGGCUCGACAGAGAGAAGAUACUAAGGGCCCUUCUGAUGACGGAGCUCUGAGACCGUGACCCUUGACCCCUGAGGCAUCCUCAUCAGAUGCAGCAGACCGGACACUCUAAACCAGAAAUGAAGAGAGAUCCCAAAGUCGUCAGCUGUGCAAUCAACAUUUGUAUAUUUGCAUUAUACAUUCAACAGUAUAGAUAUAUAUUUGCAUAAAUGCAGUUGUUAUAUUUGCUUAAUUGUUAUUUUAGAAGGAUUGUUCUUUAUAUUCAUCAAACUGAAACUGUUCAAACUAUGAAUGAGACUGAAUCAAAUGGAUUCACUGGUUAACUGACACACACACACACACGCACACAACAGACAAGCUACAGAUGUGACUGGUGCUGCCUGCAUGAUAUGUGUUAUGAAUUAAAUGUUUAUGGUUUCAUUUUGUUUUUUUUCUAGGUUUUGUGUGAUUUGCUCGUCACUGUGUCCUUGCUGAUACCUAAACUGUGUUUGGGAUGCAACUGUAGAGGAGUUUCAUCGUCAUACUUUACAAACACAAGGCUUAAGAGCAAGUCAGUUCACUUUCAAAUCACCUUGUUCCAAAUGUAAAUAGGACUUAUUAUUAGUAAUGAAUCUGCUGACAAAGCAGGCAGUGUAAAUAUUCAUUUCCUCAUUGUAUUCAUUCUAAUAAUUUCCAUCCUGACAUCUGCUGCAUUUCGACUUUAAGAAACCUAACUUGCAGAUCAGAGUGAAUUGAAAGUGAAGUGAUUUGUGAAACUUAUGCAGCUGCGGUCUCAAUCCGCCCACUAGAAGGAGACAAAUCUUCAGUCAGUGCAUUUACGGCAGCUCAACACAUUUAUCAGUAAACAUAUCAUGGAUCACUUUGCUGCUUUUCUUUUACAUACAGUCUAAGUUUUCCUCACAGGUCGAACUAAAACCUGCUCUCAGAAUCCAUAUUCUUGCACAUUAGAUAUGGUUAAACAAGUCUGCAGCUCACAAACUUUAUGUCAGCCCUUAUUUCAUCACCACAUCUGAGGCGGUGUGUGAUCCACCGCUGUGCUGUAUGUGUUGUUCUUGCCCUUGGUCGGAUCUUAAUAAAGGCCACAUCAUCGGUUUGACAGAUCUG